AGCUUGUUUUUACAACAACAACAACAACACCUGAUUUUUAGUGUUUUUUUUUCACUGCAAUAUAUUGCGUACUCGAAUUAAAAAUGAUUUAAAUGUGUGAUCAUUGAUUUCAUACAUAUAAAGUAUAGAUCCUAUUGACACACACCACUAGCCGAGAGUUGGAUUAUUGCAACUACUACAUAAUACAUUCGCACCUUGAAUGUUUCGAACUUUUGGUUGUUAUUGUGUCAAAAAUAUUUCUCGUAGAACCAUUUUUCAGAGUAUCAGAAUGAGUAAGAGAAAAGAUGCAUCGACUGAGAACCCAAACACAGAAUUCUGUGAUUUUCUGAUGGAAUUAGCAAACUAUGAAAAGAAUGUGAACAGAAUGAUGCACAAGUACAAUGCUUACAGAAAAGCAGCAGGCGUCUUAGCCAAGCAUCCCACAAAAAUAACCAGCGGAAAAGAAGCUAAAGCUCUGCCAGGCAUUGGUGACAAGAUUGCCAAGAAAAUUGAAGAAUUUAUUCACACCGGUAAACUUCAGAAGUUGGAAAAGAUAAGAGCCAGUGACACAAAUGUUGCCAUCAACGAACUUGUGAAAGUAACUGGGAUAGGGCCUGCAGCAGCAAGGAAGUUUGUAGAAGAAGGAAUUUGCAGCAUUGAAGAACUGAGAAAGCACACUGAUAAGUUGAACCACCAUCAACAGAUUGGCUUGAAACAUUAUGAAGACUUUGAGAAAAGAAUUCCACGAGAAGAAAUGCUGACACUUCAGGAGAUUGCUUACAGUGGGAUUGCAGCUAUUGAUAAAGACUACACGGCCAAAGUGUGUGGAAGCUUCAGAAGAGGUGCAGAGACCAGUGGGGACAUUGACAUCUUGCUGACACAUCCACACUUCACUUCAACCUCAAAGAAAAUGCCAGAACUGCUGAAGAAUGUGGUCACAAAGCUGGAAGACAUGGAGUUCAUCACUGACAGACUGUCCCUGGGAGACAGUAAAUUUAUGGGUGUGUGCAAACUUGCGGACACCAAAGACGUGAAGCAUGCCUAUCGCAGGAUAGAUAUCCGUAUCAUACCACACGACCAGUACUACUGCGCCUUGCUCUACUUCACGGGCAGUGACAUGUUCAACAAGAACAUGAGAGCUAUAGCCAUUGAGAAGGGUUUCACACUGAAUGAGUACUCCCUGCGACCCAUGGGAAGCACGGGUGUCCCAGGUGAACCACUUCCUGUCACCUGCGAGGAAGACAUCUUUGACUACAUCGAUAUGGAGUACAAGAAACCAGCAGAACGGAAUUCAUGAAGUCAUUAAUAAGAAACAUGCCUGGAAUUCUUCCUUGCACAUGCCAUAUUUCAGAUGUGAAUAUAGCUUGCAUUUGUUUGCAAAAUUGUGCUGAUCAUUAGAAUAGUAAAAUGUUUUAGUGUGUAGAUUGUUAGCUGUCCUGAGCACUAGGUGCCCCUGGUGAGGUCUUUUAGUAGGUGGCUGUUUGGUGUCUUUUGUGGCGCCUUUGUCGACAAAUUGCUUCAGACAACAUUUUCUCCUUAAUCUUAUGUCAGAUUAUCAAAAUCUCAUUCCAGGGGUGAUCUUUAGGUGACUCUCUUUUAAAAUUAUUCAAAUUAAUGGGUUCACCAGAAUAUGCACGUCAUCAGAGAUAAAAAUGUUUUUAUGUCCCCCACUAUAGUAGUGGGGGACAUAUUGUUUUUGCCCUGUCUGUUGGUUGGUCUGUUGGUUGGUUUGCGCCAACUUUAACAUUUUGCAAUAACUUUUGCUAUAUUGAAUAUAGCAACUUGAUAUUUGGCAUGCAUGUGUAUCUCAUGGAGCUGCACAUUUUGAGUGGUGAAAGGUCAAGGUCAUCCUUCAAGGUCAGAGGUCAAAUAUAUGUGGCCAAAAUCGCUCAUUUUAUGAAUAUUUUUUGCAAUAUUGAAGAUAGCAACUUGAUAUUUGGCAUGCAUGUGUAUCUCAUGGAGCUGCACAUUUUGAGUGGUGAAAGGUUAAGGUCAAGGUCAUCCUUCAAGGUGAGAGGUUAAAUAUAUGUGGCCCAAAUCGCUUAUUUUAUGAAUACUUUUGCAAUAUUGAAGAUAGCAACUUGAUAUUUGGCAUGCAUGUGUAUCUCAUGGAGCUGCACAUUUUGAGUGGUAAAAGGUCAAGGUCAUCCUUCAAGGUCAGAGGUCAAAUAUAUGUGGUCCAAAUUGCUUAUUUUAUGAAUACUUUUGCAAUAUUGAAGAUAGCAACUUGAUAUUUGGCAUGCAUGUGUAUCUCAUGGAGCUGCACAUUUUGAGUGGUGAAAGGUCAAGGUCAUCCUUCAAGGUCAAAUAUAUGGGUCAUAAUUGCUCAUGUAAUGUCACUUCUGCAAUAUUGAAGCUAGCAAUUUUAUAUUUGACAUGCAUGUGUAUCUCAUGGAGCUGCACAUUUUGAGUGGUGAAGGGUCAAGGUCAUCCUUCAAGGUCAAACGUAUAUAGUCAUAUACAGGGACAUUGUGUUUCACAAACACAUCUUCUUUAAGUGGAGGCUUAGAGAAUCUUCUUCUCUGAAACAACUAGGCUGGUGUGUAACAUCAUGUAAUGGUCCUCUACAAAGAUUUUUCAAAUAAUGCUUUUGGAUAAAACAGGCCAUGCUCGAUGGAAAACAUGAUUUAAGUGGGCUUAUAUUGUAAAUAUACUAGUACUUCAAAAACUUCUCUGAACAGCAAGGUAGAGGGUAUAAUUUUUGUUGAGUAACAUUCUCUUAACAAUCUCUUAAACCAUUAUUCCCACAGCUUUUAUUUUUGGUGUAUGCAAACAUCGCAAAAGGGUCCUCUGUAUAUAUUUUUUUUCAAAUCAUGUCCCAGUUGUUAAAGUGGCCUUGCUCCAGAGUCACAUAAUUUAUAUAGACUCGUACAGUGAAAUUUAAAAUAUCGUCUUUAAAACAAAUAGGUCGAGAGGUGUAAUCUUGGGCAUGUAAUACCAGAUUGCGGUCCUCUUUUUAUGAUGCUCAUGGAUUAUAACUUGACCCAGCCUGGGUGUAGGGGGUGAAACGUGUAUUAUUUAAUUGAUAAUUGGUAUGUGACAUCAGAUUGUGUUCCUCUGAAAAGAUUUUCAAAUCACACGCCUGGGUUUGAAACUGGUAUUUACAUAGGUGAGCUAUUUGGGGCCAUCUUUUCCCUCUUAUUGUUUUCUUCUGUAUUAACUUUUAAGAGUACUGUUCCUUUACAUUCAAGUUUUUGAAUCCAUAUCCACAAAAUCUCCUAAGAUAGGGUCAAAUUAUAGUAAAAAUUUGAAAUAAAGUUUUCUUUGUUUAAAUAUAUAAUUAUUAAGUCUGUGUCCUACUCUACAAAAUGGCUGAAAUGGUUGGCUAAUGUUUAAAAGGUUUUAUUUUUUCCACUGGGGCUUAUAGGUUCUCAGCGCCUGACAUAUGCUGUUACUUGCUGUACUCUUUUUGAAAGGAAAUUGCUGUUAAAACUUGAUUUGGAAGAGACAUCAUUUCUAUAACCAAUUCACAUGGUCAUAUUUCUAGUAUUAGAUUGAUCAUUAGUUAGUAGAUUUUCUGUUGUUCAAACUAGAUGCAUGUAGUCAGUGGAAUGAAAUGUAAGUGUGAGUUUUCAAUGAAAUUAUCUGUCACUUUGACACAUCAAGCAUGAUCUUCUGUUGACAUGGUUUUCAUGCUUUUUCAUAUAAAAUAUUCCGAUAUUGAAGUUUUUUGUUUUUCGUUUUGAACAAACGUACAUAAAUUCUUUGAAAUUCAUUAAAAAAAAUAAACUAGCAACAUUUUUUCUUCAUAUUCUCAAAGCAUGAAUGUUUUGUCUGUUGAAAUUAAAAAUUAGUGUAUAUUGUGUUUUCAGUAAACACUUACUGGUUAAAAUUACUAUUUUUCUUCCGCAUUCUGGCAGCGUGGUGGGUAUUAAUCGUAACCUUUGUUCGUACCUCUGUAUCAUCUUUGAGUGUUAAAUGUAUGUCAAUAGUAUAACUUUACAAAAUUGCAGGAGCAAAUGUAUCAGCAUUACAAAUUAUUUAAUAAUGUUAAUACUUCAGUUCAUUUUGUAAUGGCUCCCGGUAGGGUGGCAUAUAGCAGUCACACUGUCCGUCCGUCUGCCCGUCCGUCCGGCAUUACGUUUCCGGAUUUUUUUCGGAAAUGCUUUCAGAUGUUUACCUGAUUUUUGGUGUGUUACUCUACCGGGAGCUAGUCAACUCGUACCUUAGUCAACUCGUACCUUCGGUCAACUCGUACCCGAUUUGGUCAACUCGUACCCGAUUUUUGGUCAACUCGUACCCCCACUAGUCAACUCGUACCCGAAUUGGUCAACACGUACCCUCUUAAAAAUUAUUUAUAUAUAUCAAAGACGUGAAAUAAGUUUUUGAUAUGAAUAUAAAUAAAGGUUAUAAAAAAAAUGUUGUUUUUUUUUGCAAAAGUAGACAAGUUCAUUAUUUUUCACACGUGUAUAAUUAUAAAGGACGUGUUUGUCGGCGUUUUGUUUGAUAAAAUAUUGACUAAUAACACCUUUAUGACAACAGGACCGUCGGCGAUUUGUUAAACAAUUUGUUUGUCGUGCAUCUAAAAUGACACGCGCGGUAGUUGUCGGCAUUUUCUUUGAUAAAAUGUUUGAUUGUAAACACCGCAUGAUGACUUAACCAAUUAAAGGUAUGAUCCACUUUGAUGUUAAAGGAUAUAAUAAACUAUUUGGAACUGGUGAGUAUGUAAAGUCUAAAUUAUAAUGUACACAAUAGAAAGUGCAUCAUUUAUUAUUUUAUAUAUAAGCUGUAUAUAUUAAAUUUAUAAAUUAUUUGUACAUUAAUAUGUCGCCUGUUCAGCGCAACACUGUUCCAACUCCAUUUUACAAAAGUUUUCAGGAGGAAGAAAAAACUGUGGUUUUAUGUUGCUUCUUUAGAUAUGUCAUAUGUUUUUUUCUUAUAAUUAUGUAAUAUUCAAAUACUUUAUAAAAUAGCUCUUUACUACAAAAAAAUAUAUAUUUUAAAAGAGAUAUUAAACAUUAUUGCAGUUAGAACAGUUUUCCCACUUAAAACCGUGCCUACAUGGGUUUUUUAUUUAGUGGAACACUGUUCUAACUCAAGUUAGAACAGUAUUCCACCUAACAAUUAUUGUUGUUUGCUUAUAUUAAAUAUGUGCAACACUGCUCCAAGUGACUUUAUGAUUCUAUCCUAUUCAAUUAUGGUUGUUUUAAACAAUAAUCAUUUAAGACAUAAACUUUAAUGUUAUAUAAGAACACUUUAUUAAAUUUCUGGUACACAAAACUUUACAUAAUAUAUUAACAUUUUGUUUGUUAAUAAUGCAAAAUGCUUGUCAUAUUAUUUUGUAUUAAUGUAUUAACAUUUAAAUAUCAUAAUGAAUAUUCAAAGUAUUAAACACAAGCAGUAAUUGAUAACUUCAAAGAACACUGUCAAAAUCUAUACUUAAGGCAGCUGUUGACAAAAAUACUAUGAAUAACAUACCUGUACAUACGAAAUGAAAGGCAAUUGAUACAAUUAACUACAUUGAUAUAAUCUGAUACAUGAUUAAACAAUAUAAACACAGAAUGUACAGUUAUGGCGGCUUUAUCUCAAUAAGUAUCCUUCAUAGGAAAAGGUUUAAGAAUAGAAAAGGUUAUUGCUUUAACACAUUUACCUUAUUGAGACCUUUAUUAAUGAUGAUAUUGAUAUACAUAACCGUCUAAUGAUUUUAUAAUGUGCAUUGUAUAAAAAGACUUACUUUUGCCUUAAACUUUUAAUAUACAGGUAAUAUCUGUUUCAAAUUGUAACAGUAUGCAAAAGUAACUAUUAAUAGCUGCAACAUUUUAUAAAUCUACACACAACCUACAAACUUUGUAUGAAAAAUGCCUUUACAUUAUCCUUAUAAUCUCACUAUACAUUGUGGCAAUCAUGGCAUUUAUUCUGAAACAUCUCAACAAGUCUGGACACAACAUAGUUAAUUCCCAGCAGUUUACCCACAAUAAUGGACACAAUUCCAAAAUAUCUCAACAAGUCUGGACACAACAUAGUUAAUUCCCAGCAGUUUACCCACAAUAAUGGACACAAUUCUGAAAUAUCUCAACAAGUCUGGACACAACAAGUCUGGACACAACAUAGUUAAUUCCCAGCAGUUUACCCACAAUUCUGAAAUAUCUCAACAAGUCUGGACACAACAUAGUUAAUUCCCAGCAGUUUACCCACAAUUAAUGAAUUAUUAUGGACACAAUUCUGAAAUAUCUCAACAAGUCUGGACACAGCAUAGUUAAUUCCCAGCAGUUUACCCACAAUAAUAGACACAAUUCUGAAAUAUCUCAACAAGUCUGGACACAACAUAGUUAAUUCCAAGCAGUUUACCCACAAUUAUGGACACAAUUUACCGGGUAUGUGCAUUCCCCCAUAUGUAUGAACGAUCUGGAAAAAAAGCUUUCAUAGAUAAUAUAUCAACAAAUCUGAAUUUAUCUUCAGAACUCCACUCCCAUUCUGAAUAAAUGGCCCUGUGCUUAUUCAUGGGGCAACAGCAAAUAGAAUGCAUGAUGAACGGGUGGUAUUAUGUUUUUUCUACACAGCCCAACCAAGUCCAUCAUUUUUUCCCUGGACAAGGGGAGUUCUGCCUGUCUUAACACAGAAAGGGACAACAGUUUUGGAUUUGGCUGAUCCUUUGUACGUAGUCUUUGGAAAAGGUCUACCUGCCCUACUGGUCCAUUGAAAUCUGAUCUAUAUUCAAAUACAUUAUUGAGAUUUUCAGAGAUAUGGAUUGACCUGAUUUGAGUCCAGUAAACCUUAUCACCGUCUGUAUUUUUGUCAAAAUUCUUUAGUAAACUUGAAAGUAAUUUGAAAUCCUGGAAGUCAAACAAUGACAUUUCCCUUACAGAGUAUGGAUUUUUACGCCUUGAUGUUCUAAUUGUUGCUGCCCACUGCGGCGUUGUGUAAAUAGAGAUGUUUCUGCUUGCGUUUUCAAUGGCAGCAUGAAUUGAAUCGUUUUCAGAAAAAGUGUGGCCCUUUUCCAAGUAAUUGUGUGUUAUGCUCUUAAGAUUAUAUUUAUGUAAACAAAACCAUAACAUGGACAGGUAAAAUUUGUUCUUAUUCUGCCCAAGGCAAUUGUCACUGUAAAAGACAAAAUCUUUAACACCUUCACUACUUUUCUGUUCUAUGAAUAACUUCACACAUGAAGCUAUUUCACAACCACCACGCUUUGCAAUAGUCUCAUUCCAAACAUAACAAUAACCAUUUGAGUUUCCCAUAUCAUACAAUGUAAAAUUAUAUGAAUUCAAUCUUCUUUUAUAGAAAAGACAAGACUCAAAACUAUGUGGUGUUUGCAAAAUUUGCUCAAGGUCGAAACUUGCAACACACAUUGUGUUUACAAGUUUGGCCUUUUCUUUGUCUUUAGUUUUUUCAGCUUUAACUAAAUCUUUGUUUUGUAAAUGCCGUUUGUAAUUACUGGCCAUUUCACUUUUGUCAUGCUCAUUUGCAUUUUUAAAGGACACACACAGGUCGCAUUGGUCUUUUAAUGGUUUGUAAAAUGACAGAUUGUAUUGUUCAUCAAAUAUUUGCCUAUAUAUGAAAAUUGAAACAGGACUGUGGUCAUUUUCCUCACAGAAAUUUGCAUACAAAUGAUACAUUUUCACAACAUUUAGGUCAGAUGCUAGGUAUUCUUUUUUUGAAUCCUUUCUACGAUAAUGACUUUCCAUUCUUGGAAAAGACUCAAUAUGUUGUUUAACCAUUUGCUCCUGCAAUUCAGAUGUCUUAUUGGGUCUUACAUGGUGCUUACCUCUGCAGUCAUCUGCACACAUUCCUAUAUCUGUUUGCUUAGCAUGAGCAGUAGAUACAAUUCUUGAAGAGACAUCUAGGGUACUAAGAAAGAAUGUCUUGCAAAUCCUUACCGGUACUGUUGUUCCGUCUGGCAUCUUUUUUGGAAGUGUCCAUAGAACCAUUGAUGUGCGUUUUACUGAAUUAAUGUUGGAACGCCUUGUAUUUACUGGUUUUUGAAUUGCAAAUUUGAUUAUAAAAUUUCUUUGCUUAUUAACAUCUCCCAUUUGCCAGUAUCCAUCAAACAAUUUAUGGCGUUCAUUUUCUGUGAAGUUAUUGUGACACUUGUAUCUACACCCCAUACCACAACCUUUCUUGACACAUCGUUGGGAUUGUAACUUACCUUUUCGGGAUUCAUAACUCUUUCCCUCGUUGCGACGUCUUUUCAUUACAUUUCUUUUCCACUCUUCUAUGUUUCUUACCCUUUUUCUCCCUCUUCCACUAGUCAUUGUAUUAUUUAAAUCAGAUGAGCUACUUACAUGCUGUUUGUCUGCUUGUUGUGCAGUAAUGUCCACUUGCUUUUUAUGGUAUUUUUUAGAGAGGUGAAUGAGAGGUAUAUCUUCAUCAUCCAAAUCACUAUCAGCUUUACUGAAACUGUCAUUCUGCCCUAUCAUUAAAUCAGACACCACAACCUCUAAAUCCUCAUGCAAAUAAGACCCCGCACCCUCUAUCUCAUGUAGAUCAGACCCCACACCCUCUAUCUCAUGUAGAUCAGACCCCACACCCUCUAUCUCAUGCAGAUCAGACCCCAAACCCUUUAUCUCAUGCAGAUCAGACCCCACACCCUCUAUCUCAUGUAGAUCAGACCCCAAACCCUCUAUCUCAUGUCAGGGGUGGCGAAAUCUCAAAAAACGAUACUUGUCCACGGACAACCAUUUAGGAAAUUUAACUUGUCCGUUGCUGAACUACACUUGUCCGUUAAUGUUUAUAUAAUUAUAAACGUAUUUAUUGAUUAAUGUAAAAUAAUGUGGAAUAAAUCAAAAUGAGUAUAAUUUGCUUGUUUAAGUUAUAGUUGUAUUUCCAUGGUACAUUCAUUAUAGCAGUAUAUUAUAAACAAUAUAAACCUUUCUCACACUUUUAAUCUUGCAAAGCAAGUAUUAUUAAAACACGUGUUACACAUAACUAUACUUUUGAUGACUGAAAAAAAAACAUCAUAAAAAUGGGCAUACGCAUUUUGUGCAAUUAUCACUUGGAGCAACAGUGCCCCAUUCAAAUUAUUUGAUCAGCCAUUUUAAAAUGCAUGUUUAUGUAAACAACAGUAGAUAUUCUUUAUUAUUAAAAUAUGUUUUAUGCAUGUUCAUGUAUAAAAAAAUUAUAAAAAUACAAAAUCAAAAACUUUUGCUGGAGUAUUUUAAAUACUCCCGCAAAAGGCUUUGAUUUUGUAUUUUACUCAACAGCUAAAAAAGUCAUGAGUGAAAUACUCUGCAUCUUAAAAAAUUAUCUGGAGCUCUGAUCGUAAUCUUAACAAAUUGAACUAGUUCAAUAUGUGGAUCUCAUCAGUUCGAUCUUUAACGUUAAAGUCGUCUGAAAUAACAAGGUACAUUUAGACCGUGUUUUGAUUAUCUCAGUUCGAUACUUUUAUUUCCGUCUGAUUGUAAAAAUAAAGAAACCAGUCUGUACACUGUCUAACAGUCGGGCCAAAUGUUGAAAAUGCGGCAUGCUCCUGGUCUCUUAUAGAAUAAGGGAGAUCACUGUGCAGGAGAGUGACCGUAUUUCAGCUUGAUUGCUCCGCAAAUAAUCGCGUGUCAACAUCCGGUUUUGUAAAACUUAAUUACGGCUUUAAUACAAUGUAUUUGUUUGUAUUCCUCGACCCGACUGGUUGUCCACGGACAACUUAAUUGAAAAAAAUCAGUUGCCCAGACAAGCAAAUGUACGACUCGGGCAACUCGGACAUUUGAUUUCGCCACCCCUGCAUGUAGAUCAGACCCCACACCCUCUAUCUCAUGUAGAUCAGACCCCACAUCUUCUAUCUCAUUUAGAUCAGACCCCACACCCUCUAUCUCAUGUAGAUCAGACCCAACACCCUCUAUCUCAUGUAGAUCAGACCCCACACCCUCUAUCUCAUGCAGAUCAGACCCCAAACCCUCUCUCUCAUGUAAACCAGAUCCCACAGCCUCUAUCUCAUGUAGAUCAGACCCCACGCCCUCUAUCUCAUGUAGAUCAGACCCCACACCCUCUAUCUCAUGUAGAUCAGACCCCACACCCUCUCUCUCAUAUAGAUCAGACUCCACACCCUCUAUCUCAUGUAGAUCAGACCCCACACCCUCUCUCUCAUGUAGAUCAGACCCCACACCGUCUAUCUCAUGUAGACCAGACCCCACACCCUCUAUCUCAUGUAGAUCAGACCCCACGCCCUCAAUCUCAUGUAGAUCAGACCCCACACCCUCUAUCUCAUGUAGAUCAGACCCCACACCCUCUCUCUCAUGUAGAUCAGACCCCACACCCUCUAUCUCAUGUAGAUCAGACCCCACCCCCUCUAUCUCAUGUAGAUCAGACCCCACACCCUCUUUCUCAUGUAGAUCAGACCCCACACCCUCUAUCUCAUGUAGAUCAGACCCCACGCCCUCUAUCUCAUGUAGAUCAGACCCCACACCCUCUAUCUCAUGUAGAUCAGACCCCACACCAUCUAUCUCAUGUAGAUCAUACCCCACACCCUCUAUCUCAUGUAAAUCAGACCCCAAACUCUUUAUCUCACUCAUAGUUAAAUCAUUUGUAUCAUUUAGGUCUUUCAAAACAUCUUCAUUAGUGACACUGUCCAUGGUAACAAUACUGCUAUCUGAAAAUGAAAAGUUACUAUCACUAUCGUUCAAUGAUUCUUGUGCUAAAAAAAGUCUACAAACAAGAUCCCCUUCACUUUGUGAACUGAAACCAGAGAACUCUGAUUCUGCAUCAGUACUGUCCUCGUGCGUGAAGUUCAGCUUCUGAGUGUCCUCAGUGUUCUCCGCAACAACUAACUGCGUAGCCUCAAAUGGAGUGUCCUGGCAAGAUCCAUGAAAAAUUGAUGCUGCAAGGUGUUGAAUAAAUCUACACAGACUGUCCACAGAUUUAUGGACAGUCAUUGUGGAAAACCCAUCGGGCGUACACAUCCCUGUUUCCGAUCGUGAAUGAGGGUCAAAAAAGUAAAAUUGUUGUUUGUGAAAAACUAUAGCACUAGUGUAUGCUGGUGGCUCAAAACCCAUGGUAAAAAUGAAGAAUUUAUCACUCAAGCAUGGUGUGAAAACAUCUGAUAGGCAGUAAAAUGGCUUUUCUGUUGUUUUUCUAUGUAUAGUGCCACUGAUAGGAGUAUCUUUGGCAAUGGAAUAGGAGCCAAUUGCUGAAGGUAUUUCGUCCACAUUAAUGUAAUUAUUUUUUGUUUUGGAAAUAAUUUCAGUGUACAUGUUAUCCCCAUCAAAAAGAAUGUUAUUCAUCACUUGUUUGUCCCAGAAUGGUGGUGGCUGUAUGUAGCUGGUAAGAAUGGCCGAUAAGGAAUUUGCCAUACAUUGGCGCCCACUGUUUUUGAACAUGCUGUCCCCUUGAUGCCUUGAAGCUUGCAACAUUGUUUCCAAAGAUGUAUGCC